CUAAGCUAAGCUCCUCCCAUGGAUGCUUUGUAGGGUUUGCAAAAUUACACAGAGAGAGAGUUUGAAAAAGGAACGAUUUAGCUUGAGAUGAUGAAGUUGAUGAUUCGGAGAUUAAGUCCUCAAGCUUCGAAAUUUGUUCAGUCUCGUCUCCUGGAGACAGGUACUCUGAGAAAUGCUUUACUCCAUUGCUCAAAUAAGCUAUCUUUUUGCUGCGGAAGAGACUUUUCUAGUUUCAGCGAUAGAAAUCUGUCUUAUAGAGAGAGAUUGAGAAGUGGGAUUGUUGAUAUUAAGAAAGAUGAUGCUAUUGCUCUGUUCCAAGAAAUGAUCGGGUCUCGUCCUCUUCCUAGUCUUGUUGAUUUCAGUAAAUUGUUUAGUGCCGUUGCCAGAACGAAACAGUAUGAUCUAGUGUUAGAUCUCUGCAAGCAAAUGGAAUUGAAUGGGAUUGCGCAUAACAACUACACUUUGAGUAUUAUGAUCAAUUGUUUCGGUCGCUGUCGUAAACUUUCUUACGCUUUCUCUGCUAUGGGGAAAAUCAUGAAACUUGGGUAUGAGCCUAACACAGUCAUCUUUAACACUCUAUUCAAUGGCUUAUGUCUUGAGGGCCGAGUUUCUGAAGCGGUGGGAUUAGUUGAUCGAAUGGUAGAAAUGGGACAUAGACCCGAUCUCAUAACGUUUAGCACUCUGAUCAAUGGACUUUGUCUUGAGGGUAAAGUGUCUCAAGCGGUGAUUUUGAUUGAACGAAUGGUUGAAAAUGGCUGUCAACCCAAUUCAGUUACGUAUGGACCGGUUUUAAAUGUAAUGUGUAAGUCCGGUAAAACUGCCCUGGCCAUGGAGUUGCUUAGAAAGAUGGAAGAAAGAAAGAUCAAGCUAGAUGCAGUCAAAUACAGCAUCAUCAUUGAUGGUCUUUGCAAAGACGGGUGCCUCGACAAUGCAUUCAACCUUUUCAAUGAAAUGGAAAUGAAAGGGAUCAAAGCAAAUAAUAUUACCUACACCACUCUCAUAGGAGGCUUUUGUAAUGCCGGUAGAUGGAAUGAUGGUGCCAAGUUGUUAAGGGAUAUGAUCACAAGGAAAAUCGCCCCAGACGUUGUCACUUUCAGUGCGUUGAUUGAUUGUUUUGUGAAAGAGGGAAAGCUUCGAGAGGCCGAAGAACUGCACCAGGAGAUGAUUCAACGAGGUAUAGCUCCUAAUACUAUUACAUAUAGUUCCUUGAUAGAUGGGUUUUGCAAGGAGAAGCGCCUAGAUGAGGCCAACCAGAUGUUGGAUCUGAUGGUUAGCAAAGGGUGUGAUCCUGAUAUCGUGACGUUUAAUAUCCUCAUAAAUGGAUAUUGUAAGGCUAAACGGACUGACGAUGGUUUGGAACUCUUCCGCAAAAUGUCUCUGAGAGGAGUGGUUGCAGAUAGAUUCACUUAUGGCACUCUUAUCCAAGGGUUUUGUGAAUUGCGAAAACUUAGUGUUGCCAAAGAACUCUUCCAAGAGAUGGUUUCUCGUGGUGUUCGUCCUGAUAUUGUGACUUACAAAAUUUUGCUGGAUGGGUUGUGUGACAAUGGAGAACUAGAGAAAGCAUUGGAAAUAUUUGAAAAAAUAGAGAAGAGUAAGAUGGAUCUUGAUAUAGGUAUAUAUUGUAUCAUUAUUCACGGGAUGUGCAAUGCUAAUAAGGUCGAGGAUGCUUGGACUUUAUUCUGUGGCCUCCCUCUCAAAGGAGUGAAGCAUGAUGUCAAGGCAUAUACCAUAAUGAUUUCAGGAUUAUGUAGGAAAGGCUCACUGUCUGAAGCAAAUAUGUUGCUUAGAAAAAUGGAAGAGGAUGGGCAUGCGCCAAAUGAUUGUACAUACAACACAAUAAUCCGAGCACAUCUCCGAGAUAGUGAAGUAAUAACUUCAGCUAAACUGAUCGAAGAAAUGAAGAGGUUGGGGUUCUCUGCUGAUGCUUCCACGAUAAAGAUGGUUAUCGAUAUGUUAUUGGAUGGUAGAUUGGAAAAAAGCUUUUUGGAUAUGCUUUCUUGAAUAUUUGAUCUUAUCAACGAGAGGUAAAGCUAAACAUUUCUCGUUUAGUGAUUGAUGUAUUUGGUCCCGUUAUUCGAAUCUUUGUUCACAUAUAACCUUCAUGUAGUCUGUGUUGAGGAUCCCCAAUGACCUUCCUUGACCAUGACCCUAAUAUAUUGUUCUGUUUAUCUAUUUCUUCUGAAAUUGCAACGCCCUUCUCUUUUUUCCCCUACUUUUUAAUUUAUGUGAAGUAGCUUUCUUAAA